AUGUCACCCAUUGCCACCCAAACUUCUCGCCCGGCCAACGCUUACCCCGAAGGUUAUGCUGCGCCUCCCGAGAGAAAGAAUCUCUACAAGAUCGCUCAGAUCGGAGCCGAUGGAAUUGGUCCCGAAGUAAUUGAUGCCGGAGUCGAGGUCAUCCACGCAGUCGCCAAAAAGUUGGGCAACGCCAGAUACGAGUUUACCAACCUCGACUGGUCCUCUGACCGCUACAAGAAGACGGGCAGUUAUGUCCCCGACAACUAUAUCGAGGUCUUGAAGGAACACGACGCCAUCUUCUUUGGAGCGGUCGGAGCUCCCGACGUCCCGGAUCACGUCUCGCUCUGGGGCCUCCGUCUUGCCAUUUGCCAGCCGUACAUGUACGCCAAUGUCCGUCGAACCCGAAUCCUUCCGGGCACGGAAUCUCCCCUCCGAAACUGCAAGCCGGAAGAUCUCGAUUGGUGUAUCGUUCGAGAGAAUUCCGAGGGCGAAUACGCUGGGCACGGCGGCCGAUCUCACCGCGGUCUUCCUCACGAGAUCGGUACCGAGGUCACCAUUUUCACCCGUGUCGGCAUCAAGCGUAUCGCCACCUAUGCGUUCCAGUUGGCGCAGGCUCGUCCGAGAAAGCUUCUCACGUACGUGACCAAGUCCAACGCCAUGAGGAACGGAAUGGUCCUCUGGGACGAGGUAAUCAACGAGGUCGCUAAGGAUUUCCCCGAUGUCACGAUGGAUCACAUGUUGGUCGACGCGAUGACUGUGCGGAUGACGCUUCAUCCUGAAUCGCUUGAUACCAUCUUGGCGACGAACCUCCAUGCCGACAUUCUCUCUGAUCUCGCGGCAGCUCUCGCUGGAUCUAUCGGGAUUGCGCCUACGGCUAACAUUGAUCCCUCUCGCACGAUGCCUUCCAUGUUCGAGCCCAUCCACGGCUCGGCCUUUGACAUCACCGGAAUGGGAAUCGCCAAUCCGAUCGGCACGUUCUGGAGCGCCUGCGAGAUGCUCGACUGGCUGGGCGAGCACGAGAGUGCCGAGCUACUCAUGAAAGCCAUCGAGAAGACCUGUGCGAGCGGUGUCAUGACCAAGGAUCUCGGCGGCAAGGCAAACACGGCUCAAGUCACCCAGGCGGUCAUCCACGCCAUCAUGUCGUCCUGA